AAGUACAAUUGAAAACGCAGGAGGGAAGUGUGAGGGCUGAAUGAACCCAUUUCAAAACCACCCUUCAAGAAAUACUUCCGCCAUUACUGAUGUCCACAUCCACAAACGUCGUCGUUCUAGACAACGGCGGUGGGUUAAUCAAGGCGGGUCUGGGUGGCGAACGCGAUCCCUCCGCCGUGGUCCCUAACUGUCUCUACCGCCCCCCGGCCUCCAAGAAAUGGCUCCACCUGACCUCCGGCGACGAGGACCUGACGUCCGCGGCCGUGCGCCGCCCCAUGGACCGAGGAUACCUGAUAAACCCGGAGCUACAGCGAGAAAUCUGGUCGCACCUUUUCUCCUCCGUCCUCCGCAUAACGCCCUCGCAGUCCUCGCUCCUCCUCACGGAACCCCUCUUCACGCUCCCCUCCAUCCAACGCUCCGUCGACGAGAUUGUCUUCGAGGAGUUCAACUUCCGGGCCCUGUACGUGGCCCAUCCCCCCGCCCUAGUCCACCUCCAUGAGGCCACCCGCCGGCCCAGUGGGCUUCUCUCCCGGGCCCAGUGCAGCCUCGUCGUGGACGCAGGGUUUUCCUUCAUCCACGCUUCCCCUGUCUUCCACAACUUCCCUCUCAAUUAUGCCGUGAAGAGGAUUGACUUGGGCGGCAAGGCCCUCACCAACUACCUCAAGGAACUCGUCUCCUUCCGCUCCGUCAACGUCAUGGAAGAGACCUUCAUCAUCGACGACGUCAAGGAGAAGCUCUGCUUCGUCUCCCUCGACGUCGACCGCGAUCUCUCCAUCGCCAGGAAGAGUGGGAAAGAGAAUCUAUUCAGGUGCACCUAUGUGCUUCCGGAUGGUGUCACACACACAAAGGGGUUUGUUAAGUACCCAGACCAGGCACGGCGGUAUCUUGCACUGAGGGAGAGCAGCCUUCCUUCUUCGCUGCCAGUGGAGGCAGACGGGGUUAUGAAUUCCUCUGAAAUUGCCGAGCAGCCAGAGGACAGAAAAAGAGUUGAUUUGUCAAAAAAUGAGUUUGACUUGACCAAUGAACGGUUUCUUGUGCCAGAGAUGAUCUUCCGUCCUGCUGAUUUGGGAAUGAACCAAGCUGGGCUUGCAGAAUGCAUUGUGCGGGCUGUUAAUGCGUGCCACCCACAUCUCCAUCCUGUACUCUACGAAAGCAUCAUAUUAACUGGUGGAAGCACCUUAUUUCCCCAGUUUGCUGAGAGAUUAGAGAAGGAGCUUCGACCUCUAGUUCCCGAUGACUAUAAUGUGGAGAUAACAACUCAAGAAGAUCCCAUUCUAGGUGUUUGGCGUGGAGGGUCACUGUUGGCAUCGAGUCCAGAUUUUGAAGCAAUGUGUGUGACGAAGGCUGAGUAUGAGGAACUUGGUUCUGCUAGAUGUCGCAAGAGAUUUUUUCAUUAACUAUACUAUCAACAUGGCUACCCCAAUAUUUUUCCUUCCAUGCUAAUGGCACGUGGGAGAGAAGGCAGUGGACUGCCGGUGCAAAAAGGGUGCAAAUGGAGAAUAUCAUUUGAACCCACUGUACUUCAUUGAUUGGUUCAGCCAUGGUUCUGCUCCCGUCUUUCCAUCGAUUCUUACUUGGGACCAAGGUGUGAAUUUUGGAUGAUCAUCCUCUGCGCAAAGAUUUUAUUUGAGAAACCAUAUAUGUUGUCUACAGGUAUCAGGUGAACAUGAUGCAGGCAUGCUGCUGGUAUUAUCGGAUUGAAUUCCAUAUUGGAUGACGACUUCAACUUUUCUCUGCAACAGUGCUAUAUGCUUACGAGGUGCGGUCUAUUGUGAUAUCCGAAGGAUUUAGAUAUUAGUAUAAUAUCCAUUUUCUGGAUUCUGAAAGCUAGCCUUAAGCAUUUCUUUUCCACCUAAAGUUUGUAAUUCUGCGAAUGUGUCUAUUAAGCUGUGAAUGGUAGCUUUUAAUGUUAUGUUGCAUUUCUGGUCCCUUCAUGAGGUGUGGAUCAAGAAAUUCGGGGACGGGUAAAUACUGUGUUGGUAAAACUCUUCCAAUGUUUGGGUGGCGGAAACCAUAUAUGUUCUCCCAUGCACAUCAUUAGUAGCUGCUAGUGCAAGGGUUAACUUUAUAUCUUAA